AUGUCAAUGAAAUUAUUCAAUCGACUCUAUUCUACUGCUACAAAAAUGAAUCCCAGUCAACUCGUGAUCACACGUCAAGAUGGUCCUGUUUUUCUAAUCGGAAUCAAUCGAGCAAACAAGAAAAACUGUGUGAACCAUGCGACGGCUCUUCAAUUAAUUGAUGUUUUCGAGAAAUUUAAUGAAGAUCCAACGUUGAAAACUGCAGUUUUGUAUGGUGAAGGAGGAACAUUUUGUGCUGGAUACGAUUUGGAAUCUGUUUCAAAAGCGGAGCAUCAGAACGUGGCUGAUGAUUUCUUUGAUAAAAACAGAUACAUGGGACCAACUAUCAUGAAAAUCAAGAAGCCAUUGAUUGCUGCAAUUGAAGGAUAUGCUGUUGCGGGAGGUUUAGAAUUGAGCUUGAUGGCUGAUUUGCGUGUUGCUUCGACUUCUGCAAAGUUUGGAGUUUUCUGCAGACGAGUUGGUGUUCCUUUAAUUGACGGUGGAACUGUUCGUUUGCCACGUGUUGUUGGACUCGGAAGAGCACUCGAUAUGAUACUCACAGGAAGAGAAGUCGGAACACAAGAAGCAUUUCAAUGGGGACUUGUUAAUCGAAUUGCAGACGAGGGGAAAACUGUUGAGGAGGCUAUAAAACUUGGAAAAUUGAUCGCUUCCCAUCCAGAAAUGUGUAUGUUGACCGACAGAGAAUCCACAUAUUAUUCCCUAGACCAUACCGAAGAAGAAAGCUUCGCUAAUGAAUUCGAAAGCACAAAAGUUCUAGCGGAAAGCAUCAAAGGAGCGCAAAAAUUCAUGAAGGAGCAGAAAACCAAGAAAUCAAAACUUUGA